AUGUAUCGGCAAAUCUUGCUACAAUCCAACCAAAGGGAUUUACAACGAAUUUUAUGGAAGAAACAUUCUGGAACAGUCCAGACUUUUCGCUUGAAUACUGUUACGUACGGAUUAGCAAGCGCACCUUUUCUUGCUAUAAGAUGUUUAUAUCAAUUAGCUUUGGAAUGCCAAACUAACAUGCCUAAAAUCAGUGAAACAAUUAAGCGGGAUUUCUAUGUCGAUGACUUGAUAACCGGCGGAAAUGACCUAAGUCAAUUGAAGAUUCUGAAGGAAGAUAUCACUAACGUUCUACGCAGUGGAUGUUUCGAGUUACAUAAGUGGAAUUCGAACGAAAAAUCAACACUCACUGCUGAGGAGCAAGAAACGACAGAUUCAGUAAACUUUGAUAAGGAGAUCAACACUUUAGGCCUUAUAUGGAAUACUAAUUCUGAUACCUUACAAUACAGGAUCAAUUCGAGGACUCAGUUAUCAAAAUUAACAAAAAGAGCCAUAUUAUCCAUUAUUUCGCAGAUUUUCGACCCGCUUGGUCUGAUCGGACCAAUAACAGUCCAGUCAAAACUUUUACUUCAAGAUCUUUGGCGUCUCAAGGUUGAUUGGGACGAUCCAGUUCCCAUCGAAUUACACUCGAAAUGGUCAUAUUUUCAAGACCAAAUACAGUAUAUUCCUGAAAUGUUAAUUUCUCGACAUGCGUUUAGUAAGGAAUAUAACACUAUGGAGGUACACGGUUUCUGCGACGCCUCAGAAAUCGCAUAUGGUUGUUGCAUUUACAUCAAAACUGUAAAUAAUAGCGGAGAAGCAACGGUUAAUCUUUUGUGUGCAAAAUCGAAGGUUGCACCAUUGAAAAACGUCUCGUUACCAAGAUUAGAAUUAUGUGCAGCCCUAUUGUUAGCCGAAUUAUAUCGACAAGUCAUUCAAGCAUUAACCAUAACUCCUGAUUCAACAUACUUGUGGAGUGAUUCCACAAUCGCGCUCGCCUGGAUAAAGGGUGAACCAUCACGAUGGGUGCAAUUCGUUGCAAAUAGAGUCACAGAGAUCCAGCAAUUAACCGUCCGUGCAAGAUGGAAUCAUGUAAGUUCAAAGGAAAAUCCUGCUGAUAUUAUACCACGGGGAAUGAACUCAACUAAUUUGAGGGCCUGUUGUCUAUGGUGGUAUGGCCCUGAUUGGCUGAAGUCAAAUGAUUGGCCUGCUUCCAAGGAAACCAUUAUUAUUAGUGAGGAUCUUCUCGAGGAGCGAAAGUCCUCAAAGGUUUUCCAUAGCCAAGUAAACGAUAUUGACGAGUUGUUUUUGAGAUUUUCAUCCUUGACAAAGUUAAAACGAGUGAUAGGAUAUUGCUUACAAUUCAAACAUAACGUGUUGCAACUUGAGUCGAAGUCUAAAGGGCCGUUAACAGUAGCAGAAUUGGAGAAUGCCAUGACAAUUUUAGUAUCGUUAGCGCAGUAUCGUGAUUUUGGUAACGAUAUACGAAGUUUAGAAUCGUGCGGUCAAGUAAGUAAAACAAGUAAGUUACGCUCGUUAGUUCCAUUCCUAGACGAUCACAACGUAAUGCGAGUUGGCGGUAGAUUAUCGAACGCACCCUUUCCUUACGCUCAGAAGUAUCCAAUUAUCUUGCCGUCAAAACACCCACUAACUCGAUUGAUUAUUCUACACGAACAUUACAAGCAUUUACAUGCGGGCCUUCAAGCAUUAUUGGCGGCAAUACGCGUACAUUUUUGGCCACUUCAUGCUCGAGGCACCGCAAAGGAUGUGCUACGAAAGUGUAUCGUUUGUUUUCGUGCUAAACCUCCAACGUUACACCAGCGGAUGGGUGAUUUACCGGCAACGCGUAUUACGACAAGUCGUCCGUUUUUAAACACUGGAAUCGAUUAUGGCGGGCCUUUUACUAUAAAGAUAUCACGAAAUAAGACUGAUAAGGCAUAUAUAUGUAUCUUCGUAUGUUUCACUAGACGUGCUGUACAUUUGGAGUUAGUAGUAGAUUUAAGUACUCCGGCCUUCAUCAGAGCAUUGCAAAGGUUUAUAGCGCGUAGAGGUAAAUGUGCGAAUAUCUAUUCGGAUAACGCAAAAAAUUUCGUUGGCGCGAACAACGAGCUGCGAGAAGUUGGGGAAAUCCUGCGAAAUCCCGACCAUCACGCGAAGAUAUCGGAUUUUUUGGUAGAAAAUUCGAUCAACUGGAAUUUCAUCCCUCCACACUCGCCUCACAUGGGAGGACUAUGGGAAGCCGCUAUUAAGUCCGCAAAAACUCAUCUGCGAAAACUCAUUGGAACGACACCUCUUAGUUAUGAGGAAUUAUAUACGCUGUUGACACGGAUAGAGGCUUGCCUCAAUUCGCGACCUCUUUGCCCAUUGACAGAUGGUACUAACUUAGCUGCAUUAACACCAGCUCAUUUUUUUAUCGGAGUGCCUUUGACUUCGUUGCCAGAAGUAGAUGUGUCCGAUGAACCAGUCAAUCGUUUAACCAGACACCAAUUGCUAACACAGAUGUGA